GCUCCUCCCACUACCAUCAGCAUUUAACCUAGAAUCGUUCACGGUUUCUUCAGAGAAGAAUUUUCUUAUGUUCAUAGCACAGGGUUUAGGUCGAAACUCGAUGAUCAUGUUGGUAAAGGUUUUAGCUCCACUCCUGACUGUCUUCUUAGCCCUGGCGAGCGCGGACAUGGUCGGUGCGCCUGAGGAUGCAGACAUAAACAGCCCGGAAAUCCAGAAUGCCUUGCAUUUCGCAGUCGCUCAGUAUAACGCAGAGAGCGACAGCAUUUACACCAGUCAAAUUGUUAAGGUGAUCAGUGUCCAGACGCAGGUUGUUGCCGGUGUGAAGUACAUCUUCACCGUUGAGAUGGCAAAGACCUCCUGUAAAAAAACUGAAGCUAAAGACAAUUGUGCUAUGAAUUCGGACCCAGCCAUUGCACAACCCCAUGAAUGCACGCUUGCAGUAUGGAGUCAGCCUUGGAUUAACAGUGUGCAACUGAUUGAGAAUACCUGCUAAGAGAGAUCACAUACUAUCAAAAGUGAUGAGCUUGUUUGAGAAAUUAUAUAUAAAAGUGCUUUUUUCAUUAGGCUGCAGUUGGAAAUAUGUAUAAUUAUCUAUCAACUAACACCAAUAAACUAGGCUCUGAGUUUAGAAAAUGAUGGUUCUAGGGAAAAAAUGUAACAAAUUAAAUUGUAGGCAGUAUUAGGUAAUAUAAUUUAUUGUAUUGAUUAUAAUAAUAAUAAUAAUAAUAAUAAUAAAGAUUUUUCUGAAUGUAUUCUAUUGUUAAAUCACAUUUAUUGGGCAUCAGCUGUUGGGAAGAGAAACAGGAUUAGCUGAUUGGGUUGACGGAAAACUACCAGCAAGUUAACUAUACUAUAAGCACAGAGAUCUAAGAGCCCGGAAGAAGUCUGCUGAGGUUUAGUCUACAGAUCUACUUUGAAUCUCGAUAGUGUGAAAAUACUAUCUAGUAAGCCUUUUGCAGUAAGCCUCUUACAUUGUUAUUUGUCCAUAGGUUUAAUCUAUCGAACAUGCAGCUUUUAGGCCAGAACCAGCCGGUUAAAGGCUUGAAUCUGGGCCCACAAUAGUUCCAAAUUGUUCCAAAUUAAAAUCAUCUCGAUUACAGUAUUGACCAUAAAGAAAAUCAGAGACUCUCCCUGUUAUUCCAUUAGGGGGCAAAAUAGAGCAAUAAAUGUUGUAAUGUUUAUGGCCUUAUUGUGUCAUAAAACUCCUUUUGGAAAGAGAACUGGUAACAUACUGUAUAUCCCAACUGAACCAUGAUUUAUUUCCAAGCUGUGUACCUUACCUUGAGUGUACCUUACUGAAUUACGUGUACCUUAAUGAAUGCCUUUUAAGAUAUGUAUUUUUGGUCACUAAACAAAUGUAUUUUUACUAAUUAAUUAAAUUUUUUUUUGGUCCACCUUU